AUGCGCCAGCACCGCCCCGUGCCACGUCUCUGGCAUGGCGUCCAAGACCUCCUCUGCCAGACCCCGCGCCUCCACGCGACUGGCGAGGAAUGCCGGGCAGCGCAGGUCGACAGCUCGGCGGAGGCCGAGCCCCCCGUCCGCGGCCGCACAGGUGGCCCGAUUCACCGCUUCCAGAGGCAGUGGCCCGCCGAGGACGCCACCCAGCACCCGGGCCUGCUGCGCGUGGAAGGUGACCAGGCUGGCGAACGGCAAUUCCAGCCCAGCCGCUCUGACAUGGACGAUCCGGCACACGUUGGCAGAAAUCCGCAAGAAAGCCAACUCCGCCGGGGGGUCCUCUGCGAGAGCCAGGGCUAG